CAGUGAAUGUGAACGGGGGUUUUGUGCAGUGCGAGGUACCACACUUUUGCGACAGAUAAAUCGGCAAAAGGCUGGUAAAAAGGCCAAGUUGAGUGCGAAAAUUAACAAUCGGCCGUGCAUCGGGUGGCCAGUGACUGAGUGGAGUGUGAAAAAGAUGAGUUGAGUGCGGCGGAAGGGCGGAAAAGUCGAGGCAAUCCGCGGGGAUUCUGAGUCAACUUGAGGUGACAGAUUCGUCCGCACCCAGUGAACAAAUCCCAACCCAAAAAUCAGAUUUGCAGCUCCAGUGCAGCGCAGAGUGGCCAGAGGCGUCCACAGAUCGACGGAGAAGAAUUCAGCGGAUAUUUAUAGAUACAUACUCAUUUGGAGGAAAAAAAGGGCGUGAGCGCGUCCCUUCUGCAAGGAAUCUCGAUAGAACAGAGGAAAGGCGCAUUGAGCAAAAAUGCCUCUGCCAAAGAGACACGUUGAUCCGAUUUAUAUUGCGAGGUCGCAAUAUGUCAAUAAUGAUUUUCAGGAGUCAAUUGAAUUGGAAACUGUGACAAAUACAACACUGACAAAUAUAAUAAGGCAGUUGUCGUCCCUGUCGAAGCAUUCGGAAGAUUUAUUCGGCGAAUUGGCACGCGAUGCCGGCACAAUGGCGGAGAGGGUGAAUUCGCUGCAAGCUCGAAUCGAUAGGUUGGCCGUAAAGGUGACCCAAUUGGACAGCACGACGGAGGAGAUAUCGCUCACGGAUAUACAGCUGAAGAAGGCCUUCAAGAGCUCAAGCAUGUUCGAUCAGCAGAUCUUCUCGCGCAGCACAAUGCCGACGGCGAUGCUGGAGACGUACAAACAAUGUGAUAAGCCGCCACCGCUGGACAAGUUGAAUUGCUACAGAGAUGACGGCAAGGACGGACUGAAGUUCUACACGGAUCCCAAUUACUUCUUCGAACUAUGGCGACAGGAGAUGCUGAAGGACACCGAACGGGUGAUGCACGAUCGCGGCAAGAAGAUCCACAAGCCACGUCCUGACGGGGCGACCGCGGGCGCGGGUCCCAGGCAUAAGAAGCGCGUGCGGACGCCUCACAAUACGAGGGAGAAGCAACGCCAAAUAGCAAUAGGACAUGGUGAAACCUUAAUGCCAAAUAAUGUUAUCUAUAGAACACCAAAUUCACUCAUGAACCCAGAGGAUCCAUACAACAAUAUGUCUAUUUAUGACAUGAGACCCAACAGACCAAAUUCAAUUGAAUUGCGUCGAAGUUACCCAACUGAAGCUGUUGAUGGAUAUCCUCCUGGAUCACCGAAUUAUCAACAGCAGAACAAUUACCAUCAUCAGCAGCAGACAAUGUACGAUGAGAGUGUCUACAAUCAUCAAGCUCUCUAUGGAGCUCCUGGUGGUCAAGCACCGCUCUCUUCUGAUAGUCUGUACGCUCCGGGGACACCGUCGAGGACAAAGCCACGUCCCUCACAGCCCCCGCCGGCGCCGCCGUCUUCAGGAAGCGGCGGCGGCACGCCCAAUGCAUCGAAUGCCAACACUCCCACGCGCGGCAGGAGCAUGUCGACUGGACGCGACACUUUGCCACCUCCUCCGCCAAUUCCCGAGGCGAUGACAUCGCCGCCGCCGCCACUGAACGGCGGCACCGUUGCGGCCAAGUUGCUGGGCCGAAGUCACAGCACUUCGCGAUCGGGAUCGCCGCAGUUGAAUACAACGGUGCAGGAUCAGAAUGCAUUGGUGAUGGCGCAACUCAAUACGCAGAUAAACAACUUAGCGAAUAUGGGGAUUCACGGGGUGCCCCAUCAAAUUAGUGCAAUGAAUGAUUUACCCCCGCCGCCACCAAUUCCAGAACAGAUGUCGCCGAAGCCUUCGCCACCAAAUUCUGCGCCUCCUCCACCGCCACCGCCGCCCCCACUUGUUGACGGCCUCAUGAGUCCUCCGCCCGUGAGCAUGCCCAUGAAAGGCUUGACGAAUGGCGAUGUGAACAACAUGAAUCCAAUCAUGAAUGUGCCGAACAACAUAAAUCCUACCAAAAAGAUUCUGCCGCCUGUUCACGACAAUAGAACUGAUCUGAUGAAGGCCAUUCGCGAUGGAAUCAAAUUGAGGAAAGUGGAGAAGAGUGAGGCGAAGGAGAAUGAGCGCUCGACAGCGUUUCACGAUGUCGCGUCCAUCCUGGCCAGGAGGGUGGCCAUCGAGCUCUCCGAGUCGGAAUCAUCUGAGAGUGAAGACGAUAGCGAAGGAUGGAUGGAGCCUAAUGAGACUUCAGCGUAAAUUGUGGGCGAUGAUGUAUGAUUAAAAGUUCUUACAUAAUAGGCACACUUCACAAUUAUUAAAUUAUUUAAUUUCUCCUAAAAUGCAAUUUACAUCGAUCAGUGACGAAACCUUGAGAGAUGGUUAGUCACUUUCUUAAACAUUAACAAUAUUUAAGAGUAUAUAAAAGAGGUGAAACGUAGCGUUUUGUGCUUUGCGCAUAUUAUUAUUAUUACUGCCUCAAUGAUAUGUUUAAAAGCUCUUUGUAAAUACAGCUUACCAAGUCAGAGAGAGAGAUAUUUUUCGCGAAUAUUAUAUGAAAAAGAUGAACUUGAAUAAUCCGUCGGUGGAGUCUCGAUGGCCAAAGGUCUCGUCAUUUCACGCCGACUGCGUAUGAUUGCAUUUAUUUCAGCAACUGCGUGCAUUGCGUACUACAUAAUAUUGCUUGCCGGGCCAUCUUCAAUGAAAUCCUGGCAUAAUUUUUGUAACUUGUAUUAUUUAAAGGAAAAAAAAUACUUUGUUAUUUUCUAAGCAUAAAUGUAUAUUAUUAUAGCUUCCUUGAGUUGCAAGAUUUCAUAUAUUUUUUUGAAUUUGUGGCGAUAAAUUUAAGGAAAAAAAACUGAGUCACAACAUAGAAAGAAAGAAUUUGUACGAAAUUUGAUAAAAUUUGUUUUACAAACUGCUCCAAUAUAAUAUCACGGAGCUUUGCAACGUUACACAAAACUUUACUGGAUUUCUUAUAAAUGAUUUCUUUCUACAAAUGAAAGGAUUUUUUGCUUAUGAUAUUUAAUAGAGAGUUUCUAAAAUUGCAACUUCUAAUUUGAUAAUUAUAUAUUGAAAAAAUUUUAAAAACUAUAAAGAUAUUUACCUUUCAAAAUAUGCUUUUAUCGCACAAAGUGUUAAAGAAUGUGUAAAUAAAAUUUGAACAGAGGAUAUAUCGCAGAUUCAAGGAGUAAGCAAGCCUCGAAGCGAUAUUGAUAACAACUAAUCCAGUGCUUCAAGAUAAAAUUGUUUGAAUGAAGAAGAAAAAAAGGGAAUUUAUGAUGAGGAAGAGAAACAAUAUUAUAUCAAAGUUGUAACCCACUAUCAAUGUUUUUAAUAGAACCAUAAUAGGAUAUAAACAAUUUUACACCAUUUACACUUCCAUACUUUUUCAACAAAUACGAAAUACAAUAAAAAUACUGUCAAUACAAACAAAAUACUUACAGUGAAUAGCAUGAUAUCUAAUAUUAUAAGGAUGGUAAAAAGCAUAUUAAUGAAAAAAAAAUAUUAUUUUAUUGGUUUAUAUAAUUAUUU